CGUCGUCUGUCCACUGCGGCAAUAGGGACGCCAUUUUGUUUAUUUUCGCGUGAAGUGCCGAGGUUCUAGUACGGAGUUGACGAACCCGACGACACAACUGCAGAACUCAGCCGACUUACGGUAGACAGGAAAGUAGAGAUUAUAAGAUAACUGCGAUAAGUGUUGCAAGAAUUGAACAGGUAUUGUCUAGAAGCGUAUAGGAUCGUCGAUAAAGUCUGACUGUUUAUUCGUCGGCGUUAUAAAAAGCGGUCUUGAUUUUGUUCGUGCGCGAAUCGUGGGGAGAUAUAUGUCCGGAAAGUCCCUCCUCGAAGCGGGGGCACGCGACAGCCGCAGAAAUUGGGCGCAUCGCAAGCAAGCACCAAUCGUCCAGCGGUAAAUUGACGGUGUCCGGCCGUAGCAGCGCCGCGAGCAACGAUUUCCCCGUCCUAGGGUUGCCGAAAGAUAUCGUGGGGCACCCCAGGGAUCACUACACGGUCCUAGGGGUCCGUAAGGUCUAUAACAAGGUAGUUAAGAGCCGGAGGAAACCGCGGAACGACAAGGAGAAUUACGGCGGCGGAGGCGGAGAAGAGGAAGACGACGAGAACGACGAAGAACACGACGAACACGACGACGACGAAAACGCAGAUUCUGGUAAAAGGGGUAAAACUUAUCGAGGGGUAUACGAGGAGUCGGGCAACAAGCGGUCACCGCGACAGCCGACGGCUGUUAUUAAUCACCCUGAAGAAGACACCUCGUCGCCGCUAGCCGCGCGCGAGGUCACCGGUGCCGACAACACGACCGUCAACAUCGGCCUCGCUAUGAACCACGUCAACGACAAGGAGAACGUUAAUCAGUUGAACCCCAACCCUGUGCAGGUCAACGAAGUCGAAGAAAUGGACACCCAGGAAGUUGAAUCUAUAGAGACGCAGAACGACGGUGGAGGAGACGGAAACGAGACUCGUCCAGUCAACGGAGAGCCAGAACCUGCCUGUAUCGUACAAGACCAAGACAUGGAGGAAGACGAGGCAAGGUCAGAGGCGACUUUCCGCUACACAGUGGAAAAUUUUUCGAAGAUGAAAGACUCCCAGUUAUCGCCACCUUGCUACGUGCGUAAUCUUCCGUGGAAGAUUAUGGUGAUGCCUCGUAACAGCCAGACGCAAGAACGCCAAUCGCAGCGGUCCCUGGGCUUCUUCUUACAAUGCAACGGGGAAAGCGAAUCGGCUGCAUGGAGUUGCUACGCAGUCGCAGAGCUCAGGCUCCUCUCCCACAAGGAGGGUCAGGAACCUUUCAGUAGAAAAAUUCAACACUUAUUCUACAGUAAGGAAAAUGAUUGGGGCUUUAGUCAUUUCAUGACUUGGCAGGAUGUACUAGAGGUGGACAGAGGCUACAUUAAAGAUGACUCCAUCACGCUUGAAGUCCAUGUGGUAGCAGAUGCACCGCAUGGUGUUAGCUGGGACAGUAAGAAACACACAGGAUAUGUCGGUCUCAAAAAUCAGGGGGCAACUUGUUACAUGAAUUCGCUCCUACAAACCUUGUAUUUCACUAAUCAGUUACGUAAGGCGGUGUAUAAAAUGCCAACAGAGAGUGAUGAUUCUAGCAAGAGUGUCGCAUUAGCUUUACAGAGGGUAUUUCACGAACUGCAAUUUUGUGAUAAACCAGUUGGUACAAAAAAAUUAACCAAAAGUUUUGGAUGGGAGACACUUGACUCUUUUAUGCAACAUGAUGUACAAGAAUUCCUCAGAGUUCUCUUGGAUAAAUUGGAAAGUAAAAUGAAAGGGACAUGCGUCGAAGGGACAGUACCAAAAUUAUUCGAAGGAAAAAUGGCUUCGUUCAUCAAAUGUAAGAAUAUAGACUACACAUCAACUAGAGUGGAAACUUUUUAUGACAUCCAACUCAACAUCAAAGGAAAAAAGAAUAUCGACGAAUCUUUCAGAGAUUAUGUAAGCAAAGAAAUUCUAGAUGGUGACAACAAGUAUGAUGCUGGUGAACAUGGGUUACAGGAUGCUGAAAAAGGAGUAAUAUUUUCAUCUUUUCCACCUGUUUUACACUUACACUUAAUGCGCUUCCAAUACGACCCAGUGACAGACUGCUCUGUCAAAUUUAACGACAGGUUUGAAUUCUAUGAAAAAAUCAACCUUGAGCCGUACCUUCAGGUCCAAGAAUCAACAAGAGCAGAUUACACACUGCACGCAGUUCUUGUCCAUAGUGGUGAUAAUCAUGGGGGACAUUACGUUGUAUUUAUCAAUCCAAAAGGAGACGGCAAGUGGUGCAAGUUUGACGACGACGUGGUGUCAAGGUGUACAAAGCAGGAGGCGAUUGACAAUAACUAUGGAGGCCAGGACGAAGACAUGUCCAUGACAGUGAAGCAUUGUACAAACGCGUACAUGUUGGUUUACAUUCGUGACUCAGAGCUUAAGAAUGUCUUACAAGAGGUCAAAGAAGAGGACAUACCUCAAGAGCUGGUGGACAGGCUGCAAGAGGAGAAGAGAAUGGAACAAAUACGAAGAAAGGAAAGAAGCGAGGCUUACUUGUACAUGACUGUUAACGUCCUUCUCGAGGACAGCUUCGACGGCCAUCAAGGCAACGACCUCUACGAUCCUGAACGUGCACUCUACCGUGUUUUUCGUGUACGCAAACAGACCACCCUUAACGAGUUCCUAGAACAGCUCAGCGAAAGUCUGAAAUAUCCGAUUGAGCAAAUUCGUGUGUGGCCCUUCAGUCCUCGCUCAAACCAAACUUGCAGGCCAACGCUUAUCGAGUUGGAAGCAGAUCUACACAAACCGAUAAACGAGUGUGCAGAGAAUGUAAAUCCUUGGAAUGUUUUUGUCGAACUUGUCCCACCAGACUCUGGCUUAACCGCGCUACCCCCGUUUGACAAAGACACAGAUGUACUAUUAUUCUUCAAACUAUACGAUCCUAAGAAUAAGAAAAUACACUACUGUGGUCAUCACUAUAUGCCAGUAACAGCAAAAGUUCAGGAACUCAUUCCAAUCCUCAAUGAAAGGGCUGGCUUUCCUCCCGAUACAGAACUCGCAUUAUACGAAGAGAUCAAGCCCAACAUGGUAGAAAAAAUUGAAAAUCUGACAGAGCCGUUGGAAAAGGUACUUGAAGAAUUGAUGGACGGAGAUAUAAUUGUCUUUCAAAAAGAGGAACGUGACACAGAGGUUUAUGAGUUACCCACAUGUCGGGAUUACUUCAAGGACUUGUUUUAUAGGGUAGAAGUAACGUUCUGCGAUAAAACAAUAAUUAAUGAUCCUGGCUUCACAAUGGAACUAUCGCAAAGAAUGACAUAUGAUCAAAUUGCAAAGGCUGUUGCACAGAGAGUAGGAACUGACCCGUAUCUCCUCCAAUUUUUCAAAUGUCAAAAUUACAAAGACUCGCCUGGUCAUCCAUUGAGGUGUACGUUUGAAGGAACUCUGAAAGAAUUAGUUGCUUACUGCAAGCCAAAAACAAAAAAAAUUUUUUACCAACAAUUAAGUAUCCGAAUUAAUGAGCUGGAAAAUAAAAAACAAUUCAAAUGCAUUUGGGUGGGACCUUCGCUCAAAGAAGAAAAAGAACUGAUUCUGUAUCCGAACAAAAAUGGCACGGUUGUUGAUUUGUUGGAGGAAGCUAGAAAGCAGGUCGAAUUGUCUCAAAACGGUUCUGGAAGAUUGAGGAUAUUGGAAGUAAACUGCAAUAAAAUUUUGCCUGGACCCAAAGAUGAUGUUCCUUUAGACAGCUUAAAUACUACUGGCACUAAAACGUAUAGGAUAGAAGAAAUACCACGAGAUGAAUUAAAUUUGGCUGAGGAUGAGAUGCUAGUUCCUGUCGCACACUUUCAUAAGGAUAUCUAUUCCACGUUUGGAAUACCUUUCCUGUUCAAAAUCAAACAUGGUGAACCUUUCGCCAAAUUCAAAGAUCGAUUACUGAAGAAACUUGGUGUGCAAGAGAAGGAGUUUGAAAAGUUUAAGUUUGCCGUGGUUACGUUGAACAAGGCGCAAUUCAUCACCGAAGAUCCAAGCUAUUUCAUCAAUUUAUCCGACUUCCGAACUCACCCAAAUCAAAGUACAGCAUCGCAAAGGACUUGGCUCGGCCUAGAACACGUUAACAAGGCGCCAAAACGUUCCCGAAUCAACUACCUUGAGAAAGCUAUAAAGAUCUACAACUAGAGUCUAAUCCCCGAGGAAUAAAAUUGAGCAGCCACACACGUAAAUACAUUAUUAUGUAGCUCUUUGUACAGUAAGAGUGAUAUAUUGCCGCACGAUGCCAUGAUUGGAGGACGCGUAACUAUUCAGUUGUUCAGCUAGAUAACAAGCAUAUUUUAAAUAAUAUUCUAUUAAUGAUAUUAAGUGAUAUAAUUCCGAGCUUCGUGUAUACGAAGAGAGCGAGUGUGUCGAACAUGCGAUGUGAUGCAAAGUGGGGAAAAGGUUGCAAGGCCUUUUUCGUCGAAAUGCUAAAAGUUUUAUGCAACUAGUGCUUCAAGAUUCGUUUAGUUCCUACCUACAACAUUUAAUGUAUACCACUUUUCAAUGCUCUAAUUUUACUCUAUUUUUUAUUACGCUUAGCUUUGAUAUUACUUUGGAAUAUUGUUGAGUUAAUAUGAAGACAAACAGAGAACAAAUCAAUUUUUUGCAUGCUCGAUACGUGUUGCAGCUCGUUCUAUUGAUCUUCUAAUGAUGCUUUCAAAUAUUUCUGCCAUCGAGACUGGACAAUAUAACUUUUCCAUGUACGUUGGAUACAAGAGUUGAAUGCCAAACUUUAUUUGAAAGUUACUGAAAUUUUUUUUCACAUUCACGGUUUUUUCGCAUAUUUGUUGUGCAAGGAACGAAGAAUCACAAAAGGUUGCUUAAAAUAUGAUUCAUCUAACUAAAUAUUAACGAGACUCAAUCUUCGAGCAUAUUAUAAUGCUAAUGUAAUAUUCGUACUGUUAACUCUCACACUCGCCCACCAUUGCUAGGAAGUGGGGUUUCCCAUGUAAGUAUAUAUAUGUAUAUAUACAUAUAUAUUAUAUAUAUCUUUCAGUGUUCCAAAUUUUUUUUUUUGCAUUCAGGUUGUUUGGAACGUGGACGCUGAUUCGAAUUGUGAAUAAUUUCUGGUGUAAUUUAUUGCUAAAUAGAAUUUUGGUAUAGACGACACCUGACAUUACAGACAAAUUAUCUGAUCAGAUAACAUCAAUAUUUGGUCAUAUUAAGUGCAAGAGAAGUCUAAGAAAUAAUAACAUCAUUGAUAAUAAUUGUCUAGUAUAAAGAAUAUUAAAGGUAAUAAUGGUGUCAUUCAGCUGUGAAUUCUUAACCAGUAAUUAAACAGCAAUUUUUUCUAACACAUUUGGUGCAACGCAAAAGUCGUAAGAACUUUUUAUUAUCGUUUAAAAUAAUGUAUAUGUAUAUCGGUAUUAAAUAGUACGUAAAAUUGUCAUCAUAAAAGUAACAGUAAUAAUACCCAACAAUUUAUUAACUCCUCAAUUGAUUAACAAAAAUUGGAUUUUUGCAAACAUUUGUCCUACAAUAAAUUGUUUUCUUCAUCUGCUUUGUUCGAAAGACAAAGAUUUACGAAGUGUUAGAGAUAAAAUUCGUUUUUAUUGUUUAUCAAUAAAAAAAAUAAAAAUAAAAAAAAACAAUAAAGAAAUUAAAAAUAACUGAUGUCAAUAAGCAUAACUUAAUUGUACAAACUGUAUGACACCGCCGCAUUUGGGUAAAUUAAAAAAAAAUAAUCUCAGAUUAUAACACAUUGCCUGUACUCAUCUCCUAAUUAAUAAACUCAACAA